AUGUCCUUGUUCAGAAACAAACAUCCCAAAGAAGAUUUUGAGAAUAUGGUUAUCUCUGAACCAACUGACUUUAGACAAAUUAAUCAUGUUAGUGUAGGGUCAGACGGACAAGUUAACUUGGAUUCUAUUUCACCAGAAUGGAAAUUAAAAUUACGACAAGCAGGUAUUCGUAAGAAAGAUUUACAAGAUGAAACAACUCGUAAAGAAAUUUUCUCAUUGCUUUCUGAAAAUGAUAAACAAACACCUUCUUCCACCCAUGGAACAUUACCACCACCUCCUCCUGGAAGAAAACCACCAACAAGUUCAACUGGUAAACAAGUCCCUUCUCGUAAACCACCUGCACCUCCAAAUAAAAAAUUACCAACACCGCCUCAAGGAAAAGGAAAACCUAUACCACCACCAAAGCCUGAUAAUAGAAAUGUACCUUCUCAUCAUCUUCCAGUUGAACCACCACCUGUUCCUCCACCACAUGGAGAAGCACCUUCAUUACCACCACCUGUUCCUCCACCAAGAGGAGGUGCACCUGCAUUGCCACCACCUAGAAGAGGAACAAAGAACGCACCACCACCACCGCCACUUGAACCAAAGGUUGUUGCUCCUGUCUCUACAGUUCCAAGCGGUCCUUCUCUUGCAGAACAGUUACAGGCAAAAAGGAAUGAUCUUAACUCUGCUCCAGUAGAAGACAACGUCCCAGUUCAACAAGACGAUGAUAUUGUUAGUGCAUUGAGAGGAAUUAUGGUUAAAAGAAGAGAGGAUAUGAAUAUGGUUGAUAAUGAAGAAGAAGAGGAGGAAGAAGAUGAUUGGAGUGACUAA